AGCAUCCGGGGCGCGCUUCAUUCCGCAAGCUAGAGCCCGACACCGCGGCCAUCAACCAGCGAGCGUGCACUUCGUGAGCUAUAGCUCCUCCGCCUCUGUCUCCAUGGGAAGCCUGCACGAGGAGCCCGGGCAUGGCAUCGGCGACCUGCUGAGCGGCUUGCAAGAGGCGUACGGGAGCGGCCGGACCAAGGACCUCGCCUGGAGGCGGGCGCAGCUCAAGGGGCUCCUCCGGCUCCUCACGGAGAAGGAGGAGGAGAUCUUCGACGCGCUCCACGACGACCUCGGCAAGCACCGCGCCGAAUCCUACAGGGACGAGCUUGGGGCUCUUGUCAAGUCCGUCAACCACACGCUGAAAAACCUCGAGAGAUGGGCGGCCCCCGAGAAGGCUCAGGCGCCGUUGGUUUCCUUCCCGGCGACCGCGCUGGUGGUGCCCGAGCCGCUCGGCGUCGUGCUCGUGUUCUCCUGCUGGAAUUUGCCACUAGGUUUGGCUUUGGAGCCAGUCUCUGGCGCACUAGCAGCUGGCAAUGUUGUGGUUGUAAAGCCCUCCGAGCUUGCUCCAUCCACUGCCGCGUUCCUUGCUGCCAAUAUACCAAGGUACCUUGAUCCUAAGGCUGUGAAGGUCAUCUUAGGUGGACCUGAAGUUGGAGAACAACUCAUGGAGCACAGAUGGGACAAAGUUCUUUUCACCGGAAGUGCCAAUGUAGGGCGUCUUAUUUUGACGAAAGCAGCAAAGCACUUGACCCCUGUCGCACUUGAACUUGGGUCGAAAUGUCCGUGCAUUGUUGAUCAGCUCGAUAGUAAGAGAGAUAGGCAGAUUGCAGUGAAUCGAAUAGCGGGAGCGAAAUGGUCAGUUUGUGCCGGCCAAGCAUGUGUUGCCAUCGACUACAUCCUGGUAGAGGAGAAAUUUGCUCCUAUUCUGAUUGAGCUACUGAAAUCAACGGUCAAGAGAUUUACCGCUACACCAGAGUGCAUGGCCAAGAUCUUAAACACAAAGCACUUCCAGAGGUUAAGCAACUUUCUAGAUGAUGAUAGGGUGGCACGUUCUGUGGUGCACGGAGGAUCAGUAAACCAAAAGACCUUGACUAUUGAACCCACCAUACUGUUAAACCCCCCACUCGAUUCAGACAUCAUGACUGAGGAGAUAUUCGGCCCACUGCUCCCUAUCAUCACGGUAAAGAAGAUCGAAGAUACUAUUAAGUUUGUCACAUCGAUGCAGAAACCAUUGGCAAUCUAUGCUUUCACCAAAAACGAGAAGCUAAAACACCGGAUUAUAAAUGAAACAUCAUCCGGGAGUAUCACAUUCAACGACGCAACUGUGCAGUACGUAGUCGAAGGCCUCCCGUUCGGUGGCGUUGGGCAAAGCGGGUUCGGACAGUACCAUGGCAAAUACAGCUUUGAGCUUUUCAGUAACAAAAAGGCAGUGUUCAAGAGAAGCUUCCUAAUCGAAUUCAUGUUCAGAUACCCGCCAUGGGACGACAGUAAAAUUGGGAUGUUGAGACAUGUUUUCAACACAAACUACAUACUUCUACUCCUUGGACUGCUCGGCUUGAGGAGAUGAUGAAAGAACAACCGGGAGAAAGAGACCAGGGGAAAAUAGCCGAGAGAAGCUACGCCAAAUGAACAAAAGCAUAUGGACAGCAAACCACGUAAAUGCUACACCAUCCGAUCGAAAAUAAGUGUCGCGGUUUUGAAAUAAGGUUAGUUCAACCUUAGUUCAAAUCUGCGACACUUAUUAUGGAUCGGGGGGGAGUAUAUACUUUUGUUCGUGCAAAAUUGGAUUAUGUAAGUGUGCAAACCUGUUUCUGUUGAGUGUCGUGAUUCCUCAAGGUUUGACAAUUUAAUACAAUUCAGGAUAACACCCCUAGGUGUUUACCUAGAA